CUGGUGAGGAGCCGCGCGGACCGCGCCAGACCCAGACGGAUCCUCGCGGCGGUGGCAGCGACAGCAACAGGCGGCGGGCCCGGCGGAGCUCCACGGCCCCGCGCCGCCGCCUCUUCCCCGCCGCAUGGACGAGCACCUCAGCCUCCUGCGCUCGCCGCCGCCGCCCUCCGCCCGCCACCGCGCCCACCCUGCGCAGCCCCCAGCGAGCGGCGGCUGCGGCGCCCACACGCUGGUGAACCCCGGCUACGCCGAGCCCGCCGCAGGCCCCGAGCUGCCGCGCGACAUGACGGUGGUGCCCGGGGACCACCUGCUGGAGCCCGAGGCUGCCGACGGCGGCGGGGGCCCGCCUCAGGGCGGCUGUGGCGGCGGUGGCGGCUGCGACCGCUACGAGCCGCUGCCGCCCGCGCUGCCGGCCGCCGGGGAGCAGGACUGCUGCGGGGAGCGCGUGGUGAUCAACAUCUCGGGGCUGCGCUUCGAGACGCAGCUCAAGACCCUCUGCCAGUUCCCGGAGACGCUGCUGGGCGACCCCAAGCGGCGCAUGCGGUACUUCGACCCGCUCCGCAACGAGUACUUCUUCGACCGCAACCGGCCCAGCUUCGACGCCAUCCUCUACUACUACCAGUCCGGGGGCCGCAUCCGCCGGCCGGUCAACGUGCCCAUCGACAUCUUCUCCGAGGAGAUCCGCUUCUACCAGCUGGGCGAGGAGGCCAUGGAGAAGUUCCGCGAGGAUGAGGGCUUCCUGCGGGAGGAGGAGCGGCCCCUGCCCCGCCGCGACUUCCAGCGCCAGGUGUGGCUGCUCUUCGAGUACCCGGAGAGCUCGGGGCCGGCCCGGGGCAUCGCCAUCGUGUCCGUGCUCGUCAUCCUCAUCUCCAUCGUUAUCUUCUGCCUGGAGACGCUGCCCGAGUUCCGCGACGAGAAGGACUACCCCUCCUCGCCGUCGCAGGAGCUGUCCGAGGCGGCCGGCAACAGCACGUCGGCAGCCCCCGCUGGAGCCUCCAGCUUUUCGGACCCCUUCUUCGUGGUGGAGACCCUGUGCAUCAUCUGGUUCUCCUUUGAGCUGCUGGUGCGGUUCUUCGCCUGCCCCAGCAAAGCCACCUUCUCCCGAAAUAUCAUGAACCUGAUAGACAUCGUGGCCAUCAUCCCUUAUUUCAUCACUCUGGGCACUGAGCUGGCUGAGCGACAGGGCAAUGGACAGCAAGCCAUGUCCCUGGCCAUCUUGAGGGUCAUCCGCCUGGUGAGGGUCUUCCGCAUCUUCAAGCUCUCUCGCCACUCCAAGGGGCUGCAGAUCCUGGGGCAGACGCUGAAGGCUUCCAUGCGGGAGUUGGGGUUGCUCAUCUUCUUCCUCUUUAUUGGGGUCAUCCUUUUCUCCAGCGCCGUCUACUUUGCCGAGGCAGACGACCCCACUUCAGGUUUUAGCAGUAUCCCGGAUGCCUUCUGGUGGGCAGUGGUAACCAUGACAACAGUAGGUUACGGUGAUAUGCACCCAGUGACCAUAGGGGGUAAGAUUGUGGGGUCACUCUGCGCCAUCGCUGGUGUCCUGACCAUUGCUUUGCCCGUCCCUGUGAUUGUUUCCAACUUCAAUUACUUCUACCACCGGGAGACCGAAGGGGAAGAGCAAGCCCAGUACAUGCACGUGGGAAGUUGCCAGCACCUCUCCCCUUCUGCCGAGGAGCUCCGAAAAGCAAGGAGUAACUCGACUCUGAGUAAGUCGGAGUAUAUGGUGAUCGAAGAGGGGGGUAUGAACCAUAGCGCUUUCCCCCAGACCCCCUUCAAAACGGGCAAUUCCACUGCCACCUGCACGACGAACAAUAAUCCCAACUCCUGUGUCAACAUCAAAAAGAUAUUUACCGAUGUUUAAUCUAUGAUCCAAGUGACAUGCUGUGCUCAGUAUUAUGUGGAACGUGCCCCCUUGGUCUGUGUAUGCCCUUGUUUUAUACAUUUCCAGGCCAUUCAUCAAGGAAAGGACAUGAAGAAGUGGAAAGCACACUUCAUUCUCCCUCACCCUACUGCUUCAUACUGAAACAGGUGUCUGUUUUGCAAGUGGGCUGCAUUCUCUCAGCUCUCCUUUUUUUUUCCCCUCUCCCUCUCUCUCUUAAUAUUGCAAGCAACAGACUUACUUUAAACUUGAUUUCUAGUACAAAUCCUGUUUAAAAAAAUAAAAACUGUACAUCCUGGGAGGAAAUGAAACUAGAGAACGGUUAGAGUAACUGUUUAACCUCAGAAUUAUUUGUUGCUUUACUAAGUAAAGCAGGCACAUAUUUAAACGGUGCUUCAGUUUGAUGGACCCGUCAGCAUUAUUGAAUCUUUAGUUCAAUUGCCUGUGCUGUGGAUAUGUGGAUGGAAAGUCUAAUGACUUGUAAACCCACCAUAAGUUCAUUUGGUUUUGACUAGAAUUUCUAUUGGAAACUCCCCUCCUGGAAUUUACACUUCUCUACAACUUUGAACAAAGGGGAAUGCCUGAGAUGUCCUGAUCUAAUAUAGUUUAACUCUUUGGGGCUUGUUAAGCAUUUGGAAGUAUUAGACUAACAGAUUUCCUGUGAAGUUGUGUGUGUGUUCCAGCCGACAUCUAUCAAAGUCUAGAAACAGAUGUUUUCAGUGCUGCUGAGAGAAACAAAAUUUCCUAAUGCAUCUGAGAGAUAAGCUUCUGCAGUAUCACAAGAAGAUUAAAGUGGCAGACACUCCUUCCAGCGGAAGUUACUAAUUCGGACCUGACUGAUGCAGUUCCCAUAGCAACCCAUGUUUCCUGGGAAACCCGAAAAAGGUUGUCAUGGCAUCUCUUGCUCUCUAGCCCCGCCCCCUAGCCCCUGCCUUUUUCACAGUAAUCUUUCCAGAUGUUUUCUAGUUACAUGAUUUCAUAAGGAAAAUCACUGUUUGAAUAAAGUCUGAGAAUCUGAGGUGGUGAUAUGAAUCACAAAAUGCCUAUUUUUUUACUACAAAAAAAAUCACUGAUAUCAUUCUAUAAUGACUGAAUCCAGAAUGAAAAUAUCGUCUUUGGAAUGGUUAGAUGUGCACCACAAUAAGGAAUGAUUUGAAUUAAAUGCCAGUAAUUAGGCAAUAAUUUUAAAAGAUGCUUCUCUACUGUUUCCUUUCUCCAAGAAGUUUCAAGCCAACAAAUGAAAUUUAAAAGCAAAUUUAAAAGUGUUCUGUACAUAAGCAAAUGAAAGAUUCAAUCAGUGCACCUGAAACUUUACUGCAAGGGACCUUCAGACUUCCUCUUUAAAAUAAAAUCCAGAUCCCACAACAGCACUGUUACCAUCACAGCACUUGAAAAACAAAGUAAACUUUAAAAAUAUAAAGGAUGCAUAUUUUUAACUGAGGGAAUUGCAGACAAUCAAUUCAAAGGAGGGACGGGAAGUAACCAAAUCUUGGGGAAAUUCCUGCAAGUUUCAGCCAUAUGCCAGGGGUUGCCAGAAGACAAACAGAAUCAGAUGCCUGAAGAGCCCCACGUAAAGAACUGUAGAGCUGCACCCACCAGUAGGAUGCUCUUUUUUAAGUUGCCUAGAUCGAGAACGCAGUGUUGGUUGCAUCGCUGAUGGGCGGGGAUCUGUCUGCCAGCACAUAUUUUUGUUUCAGUUGACAUUAAAUAACAUGUCUGUAACGAAUGCUUUAUAUAAAGGAAACACCUCUGAAGCUGGAGGAUUCUCUUCAAAUUGUGUGCAAUAUAAAAGAUACUGAUAAAGAGAUAAAGGAGAACGGUAAAAAUAUUAAGGUAUCAUUUCAACCUUAUGACAUUUUGAUGAAAUCUAAUCAUCCAAAAACUAAUCAGUACUGCUGAUAAAGAAAACCUAAAUGUUUGUUUCCAACAAGCCAACUGUUACCAUUUUCUUUUUUCAGCUAAUUACUGGACUAUGUUUAAUCAUGAGAUACAUUAAUGUUAUCUUCUAUGUUCUGCGUUAUGUGCAACUUUAUUUGUGAAGGUGUGUCUUGUACCAAAGGCUGUCAUAUGUAGAUUAGCCCAUUUCCAUGUAAAUGAGUGAAGUCGACACUGUGCUCAGAUAAGUGGUAUCAAAGACAGACUUGCCUAAAAGAAAUGUGCCUUGCUUGCUUAAACAUCCUUUUAUUUUUUGAUUCAAAAUGAUAGAUUUGCAAAUUAGUCUUAUAGCUAGGUUUUAGCUGAGCUUAACUUAUAAAAUAUAUAUUAGUACUUAUUAUAUGUUUAAGUUGUCUAUCUUAACUAAAAUUUUAACAUUAGUUGUACUUUCCAGCAGUUUAAUAUAAUAUACUCAUUCAGUUUAGUUUUCAUGCAAUGUUUGGUGUGGCGAGACAAAGCACAUUCUUAAAGACAUAUAUAAUAUUUCAUCUAAUAUUAAUAGAAUUUUCUUCAAAAUUGUUUCUGUAAAAGAUUUCUUGACUCAUUUUCUAUUUUUAUAUUCUUUUAGAAUUGGAACUUUUUUCAAUUGAAAAACAGGAAAGGUUUAGUUGGAACCAAGAUUUAGGAGGUCAUGAAGACGGUUUCCCAUUUGGGGAUGUUUCACUUCCGUGCCAUUAUUAAUGUAUUUACUGUGACAUUUCAGCAGAAUGGUAGCUAUUUGUAUAUUAUUUAAUAAGCCUUAUGGAAAGUCAAACUGUGAACAUUUACUAUAAAGAAGACUUUUUCAUUUCCAUAUUUUAUUUUCAAAAUAUACCUGAAUAAAUGUAUAAAUAACCAAUCUCCUAUUAGUCAAAUGCAUAACAAUGCUAAGUCAUAAUAAAAGCACUUGUAGGAUUUCAAUUACUAUCAAAAUGUUCCAGUAGCAAAGCCAAGAUUGUGAUACUUUUGAUGCCCUGUAGAAGGAAAUACAGGUGAAGAAUUUCAUUGUUAAUAUCUAAGAAUCAGUAACAGAAACAAUCUUAUACCACCUAGGAACAAAACAGAUGGAUAAGAGAUACAAUCCAGGUAACUUUCUUUGAGGCAAUGUCUACUAUGAAUUUUGCACAACCUGCUGGUAAUUUCUCUGUGGUCAAAACUUUGAGACCAAAUCAGUCUAGGAAAGUGACGUAAAAGAGUGACAAGUAUCUCAGAUUUGAGCAAUGUGAACCUCCAAUCUGGAUGAUUUGUGAUUAAAGUGAAAAUAUAGCGACCACUGUUUUUUGUUCUGUGUCAGCCUGUGUAGUACAGACGCUGGCCCAGAGAAUAGUCCAUCCAUUCCAGCGACCUUAAUACUCAUAACUGAUGAUCACAGCCUGGUCAGCAGUCAAGUAAUUCACAUCAGCUGUUGGGAUGUUGAAACAAACCAGUUAACUGUCCCAUAGGAGGUCUUAGACAUUCAGAUGUUUCAGUAAGGAUCAGCAGGUGUUACAAAAAUAGAGACAGGAACUACCUUUAUAAAACACCAAUGACACUUUAAGCAUUAUAGUAUAUUUAAUAUCAUAUCUGCAUUAUUAUUACAGGCUACAGUCUCAUAUAAAGACAAAACCUGGACUUUUGCAAUAAAAGCACAGAGUAGUACCAGAUAAGUAAACUGCCAUAUUCAAUAUGGUUCACUGAAUAGGUAGUAAAAUAGUAUUGGUGUAGAUGUCAGGAGACCAGAAUUCUUACCCACUUUCUAUCCAUGAGACCCUAGAUAAGUCACUUACCAUUGCUAGGCUUCAGUUUCCUCAAUUGCAAAAUGGGUGUGCUGGGUUAAAUAAUCUCCACCGCCCCUUUCCAGACCCCAGAUCUUCAUUAUACACAUUUGAAAAGGCUUUGAAGAAUACUUAAGUACUCAGAUUUUCUUAUGCAUUUCUGAAGGAAAGAGUAAACUGAAAUAAAAUUUAAGCCUUGAAAGUGUCAUAAAUAUAUCAUUCUUUAAAUUGAUCGUGAGAAGAAGAAAUAGGAUUUUUUUCUCCUCUAAGAAUUGUCACUGGUCUAUAGUGGAAUCCUGAAAAAGUAGGAAACUCACUCUGCAGAGUGGAAACAGAUUAAUGAAAUAGCUGGAAAGGAAGGGACAUUAUUUGUUAAAUUAAAUUAGAUCUUAAGGUGGUUGGAAAUUGUACAUGAAAUGCUAAAACAGUACCAGAGCUUUACUGCACACUCAACAUUAUAAUCCUAGGAGCAGGAGAAGCUGGGAAAAGGUUCGAGGGACAGGAGUGUUUGCCUUAUGAUCUCUUGAUUCCUUUUGCACAAGCAGCAGUUUGGCAGAGCUUAAGCAGGUGUCUGUGCUUUAGUGCUGGCUGUGCCAAUAACGCUCAUGUGCCCCAGGAAAGUCCCUUUAACCUCUCUGAGCCUCAGUUUCUUUAUCUGUACAGUGAAGACUUUAAAUUUAGUAAUCUGUAUGUUUCUUUACAUCUUUGAAAAUUCUAUAACAUUUUCAGUGCUUCCCUCCAGUCACUUAGAUGCCACAUGUCCCUACUCAUGUGACUAAAUAGACUGCAAAUCCCAAUGUUCAUAUUUCUAAUGUUGCUAAUUAACCUCAACGAGACGUGAAAAAUGUAAACCUUACUUUUAAUUUGGACGAUGCUUUAAUCAUCAUGAUUUAUCAUUUCAUCUUUGAAUGUGGAGUUAGUUGUCUAAAUAAAAUAUCUGUUCAAGUGAACCUCUAUUUAAAUUUUUGUAGUUUAAUAAACACUUAGCAAAUCAGAAUUAAAUAUAAUAUGCUUGCCAGUGAACUGUAGCUGAUUGUAAGGUGCAUUUUUGUCACAUUAAAAGGUUAAUGCCCCUUUGGUCCCAGAAGCAAUGGCUAUAAUUAAAAUAAUAUUCACAAAGUUUUGUAAAUUUUUGUGAACACAAAAGAGACCUGAUAGAGCCGUAUUGUAAUUAAUUUUGCUCAGGAGUGAGAAACAAAAUUCAGGGAUAACCCAAACACUUCUGUUUGGCUUUAGUGGACAGUUGGAAAAAGAAGGGUUAUAGGUUUGGCACAACAUAGGUAAUUAUACCCACUGAAAAACAAGAGUAUAUUCUGGUUGCUGGUUUUAUGGUAGAAAGAGUUUAGGAUAGAAAGAUGCUAAAAUAUGGACACUAGGGAAAUUGAUAAAAUGAUAGCAGUCCAUUUGAAUAAUACAGAAAUAUUUUGUCAUACUGAGAUUAUUCAUCAAGAGUUUUAGUCUUAUAUCCUUCCAUUCAGAAAAGGGGGCAGUUUUUAAAGGCCUCUAUCAUAAUAGGAAAUGUAUAUUUUGACUAGUGGAGCAAUUCCUGGAAACAUUUAAUCUGAUAAUUUUGGUUUUGUGAAGGUGAAUUUUCACUGUAGGUGUAAUUGAGUCUCUUGUGUAUUUGUGUUAGUGAUCUUUGUGAGAAGUAAUUUUAUCCAUUUUUUUAAAAGUUGAUGAAAUUUGCUAAAUGGUGAUUCUAGCAUACUGUGUAAAUAUUGUAUCUUACAACAAUUUGUGAACUGAUGAUACUAAAACCAUAGUAGUAUCUCUCCUGGUAAAUUGUUUCCAUGGUGUGGUCUCUUAAUGCUGGGUUUGGGGUGGGGAGGUUAAGUAUUUAGUUUACUUAAAAUUGUCAAAAGUGUUUUUCCGAAAUGCCAUAAAAUUGUAUGAUUAUAAACCAAAUAGGAAUAUUCUCUUUUUCUUUUUUCAAUUUUAAGGGCACUGUAUAGACCAUUUUUGGAAUUACCCCAUAAAAUGGUAUAAUUUCUGUUGAAAAGUUUCUGCAUAUAAAUACAAGGGAAAGCAAACAGUGUAUGUAGUAUUUCUAUGUAAUAUGCUAAAUGUAAUAAGAAUCCGUCUUUGAAAUCUUAUACAGAUAGAUAGUAAUUAUGCCGAUAUCAGAAUAUCCAAUACAACACUUCAGGUUUUUCAUAGAAAUGUCUAACAUUUGUUUAUUAUCUCAUACUUUGCAGAGAUUAUUCACAUAUCUUAUUUAAUCUUUAAAAUAUCCACUUGAGGUAAUAAUACUAUAUGCAGUUUAGAGAGUAAACAACUAAGGUUUAGAAAGAUCAGGUGACUUCCCCAACAUCAUAUGGCCAGCAAAUGGCUCUAAAUCUCAUUUGCUUUACACUAUUCUCCCUCCUUCAUGUUUUUUUUUUCCCUAUCGCUGCCAUUAUCUUUAAAACUUUGAGUAAAACCUAAUUCUAAAUGAUACAUUGGGAAAUUUCAGGUUUUAGCUACAAGGCAUUUUUGCUGUUACUGUCAGACCUUUUUAGAUACUUCCAAAAUACAGUCCAGUCCUUCCACAGGAUGACAGCCAAAUAUUUUCCAUCUAAAACAUAUUCAGUCCAUACACCCUGACCACAGACCCUAAAUCUAUAUGAUGUCAAAAUGCCAGACUGAAAAAUUACCUUCUUUACUGAUGUUUCUAAUUUCCUUUUUAAAAAAUCCAUUGUAAUGACUGAUUUCUGAACAGUUGAAAGAAGCAAUAAUCAAGCCAAGAAACUGCAAACAUUCUGAUUCAGAGAAAACAUACUGUCAGACCCACCAUAGUAACCAUUUUUCAGCCUAUUGUUUUUCGUCAUAUGUAUUCUGUGAUUAGCAGAGGACAGGGAAGGGAGAGUGGGUAGAAACACUGUCUUAAUUUUAAGAAAACAUUAUUUCCUGUAGCUAUUCAUAAAGAAUUGGUCAUCAAGUAUUAGAUAACAGUACUGUUAACAUUUAGCCAUAGUGCAAAUAUAUGGUAAAGUUUAUCCACAUAUUUAAAAAUACACUUAAGUAAUUUCCCAGGUAAAAUUAAAAUCUGAUGACUUCUCAGUUUGAAUAUGGAGAAGAUUCUUGUGUUAAUCCAUGACAUAAUACUACAUUUUUAUUCUUUUUGCGAAGAGUGAGACACUGUCACUGCUUCCCUUGUAAGUCAACAGUCUGUGAUACAUUCUAUACUUUUACUGACUAGCAAUGCAAUGUUAUUGUGAAUAAUUAAAUGGAACAUAUGUUAUAUUAUAUCAGAAUUUAAAAUUUUCUAACCUGAAAUUUAGUUCUCCUCAUCAGAUAAGUCAAACAAGUAUUAGUUUAUAUGGAAUGAAAUAAUAAUCAUUCUUAAAUAAUGACACAACAAAUAAUGGAAUUCUGAAUAAAAUGUAAAAUCAAACACAUAUUUUUUCUAUAUUCAUCUUCUUUUGACAUUGAAUUAUGUUAAUUUAUCACAUAUCAAUGUAAAGUUAAAAUAAGUUCUUAUGCCAUGUUCUCUUAUGUUCUUGUCAUAAUAAUUUUGGGCCUUCUGUUAAGUAAAUAUCAGUAAA